CAAAAAAUAAUAAACAUAUCAAAUUUUAUGUUAAGAAGAAAUUUUGUAUAUUUUAUUUUAUAAUUGCUUAGUCUGAGAAAGAGUCAAAUCAAGGUUUAAUGAAUAAAGAACAAUAAGAAAAUAUUUCUGGUAGUUUAAUAAAUAAUCUGUAGAUGAAUCAAUGUAUUAUAAUGAUGACUUUGAGCAUAUUAGUGGCAAUUAUUAUUAGACUGAACAAAAUAUUAGCACAUAAGAAUACUAUUCCGAAUAUAAAAGUCGAAAAUAAAAGUAUUCUUUUUCUUCAAUAAAGAUCAUAUAAAAAAUUUCAAAAGAUUAGUAAAAAAUGGAAAAUAUAUAGGAGAAGACAUUGAUUCAAUCAUUUAUCAAUAAAUAUAAUUACUAACUAUUACUCAAAAUGUUCAUUAAGUUUUUUAAUAUCAUUUAGCAUAUUUUUAUUUAUACCAAAUGUUUGAAUCAAUUAUACUACUUAAAAAUUCAUAAUCUUGUUAUGCUUUUUAUACUUUAGAUACACAUGCAGUCCAAUUCAAAUUAGCUUUUUAUUUGA